AUGGCAGGGCAAGAAUUUCCUGAAUUUAAAGCCAUUUCAUAUAAAACUCAAGUUGUAGCUGGAAUGAAUUACUUCAUUAAGGUUAGUCAAAAACGUUUCACACCUACCCCUUCCCUAAGCCAACAUUAACACUUACUUCUCACUUAGAACAAAAUGUUGGCUUAGGGGAGGGGUAGGUGGGCAGUUUCCCAGAAACGAAUGAUGAUCCCAACGCACGCCGGAUCUGCAGUCAGUCCCACAUUGUACUUAUUAUGACAUCCACGAAGGAGUGGGGAGUGGGGGUAGGGGAAAUGGCAAGCAUUGUGUUUGCCGAUUAUUACCUAAUGAUUCCUGUUAGUAUAGGUAAUAGCAUGAUUUGAAAUGUAUUUCGAUAAUUGCCACUGUUGAUAUUUCGAAAUUGUUAUACGUAAUUUCACAAGCCGUUAGGCGAGUGAAAAUUGAGACAAUUUUGAAAUAUCACGAGUGGUAUUUAUGCCAAAUAUCACGUAAAAAUCAAACUACUAUUCGUUUAUAUUACUACCAAGCAAAAUGGUUUGUAAUUUUCGCAUGCAGGUAUUUCAAAUUAUGCUGAAAUACUACUGCUCUAAGCCAAUCAAAUUACAGAAAUUUCAAAUGUAUUAGUAUAAUAAAGUUAAGUCAAGCGUUGUCUGUUUCCAUAAUCACUAAUAUUCUCAUAACACAGCAUUCCAGUCAAACGCUCUGCCCGGCCAAUGCGGUAUUACUUCCAUAAUUUUUGAAUAAAGAAAGAUCGAUAGUUUAAAAAUUAAUUUUUGUUAAGACAUUGUCACAGCCCCACACUUCGCCUUCAACUCAACGCUUUCGGACGUGAAUAAUGCAUGCAGGAUCACUGUGAAAGAUUUCACCCCAUGUAAGAGAAUCCGGAUUGCGGAAACCGAGAGAUUUUUGCUCGUGGAAUCCGGAAUGCAGCUCAAGCAAUCCAGAAUCCGACUAACCAUCGGAAUCCGGAAUCCAAGUUCCACUGGAAAUUCAGGAAUCUAGUACCUGGAAUCCGGAAUCCACGGCGUGGAAUCCAGAAUCCAAGACUGUCUUGGAUUCCCUUACAUGGGGUGGAAGAUUCUUCAGAGAAGGGUACAGCUUAGUUAAAGGGGCUCUGUCACUAAAUUUAGCGAAAGAUAAGGAAGGACCUCUCGAUGGUCUCGCACAGAAGGCCGUGCACAAGUGCUAUUAAGCCACGCUUACAUUCAAUUUCCGUUUUUUUUUUUUCUGGAAUAGGUACCUUAUUCUCCUUCAUUUUCGCGGGUUCUUGAAUUCGCGAUUUUCGCGAUUUUAAAAAAUUCGCGAACUUAAAGAUCCGCGAAAAAUAAUGACCGCGAACUUUGAUCCGGCGAAAUUUAAUUAAUGGACAUAGAAAAAUCAUGUAUUUGUGUUUUCAAGGCUCCUAAACAAUUUUUAACACAAGGUGUUAGUACAAGGAGCUAUCAUCUAUCAACUUAAGAUGUUAAUCAGUGUCAAGAUUCGCCUCAAGUUCUUCUUCGGCAUCUGAGUAAUCAUCUUCGCACAGUUCCUCCAAUACAUCCUUUAAACAGUCGUCAAAUUGACCAUCCUGUCCCGGCUCCUUGUAGUGUGUAGUUACGAGUGUCUUGUAUCUUUCCAUUAUUGCCCUGUUCCCUGGUGUAUCGUCCAUUUCACAAAUCACCUCAACAGGGAACAGAAUAUUGGUUUUGUUUCAAUCGUUGGUUAACGUAAAAUUUUUGUAAAAAAGAAAAAAUAAAGUCACUUAAUCGUCAAUUUCGCGAAAUUAAAUUCCCCGCAAACACAAUUUUUCUCCGCGAUCGCGAAAUGAAAGACUCGCGAAAUGUGCCGAGAAAAUUUUCGCGAAAUUUAAGUCCCGCGAAAAUAAAGGAGAAUAAGGUAUAUUAUCCAUCACCCUCGCUUUCAUGCUCUUUUAGAUAAUUAUCUGUUAGAACGAUUGCGUGUGAUCACAAGCUCAACUUUGGGUUUUGAUAUCUUAAACAGAAACUCAAGAGUAAUAUUGGAUCAAAAUUCCAAAUUCAAUGAAAGGAAAUAACAUUAAUUUUAUAAGAUCUUUUAUUAGUGUCCCCUUAGUUUCGCUAUCAAGUUAAUUUUUCCUCUUUCGUCAUUUCAACAUUUUGAAUGCUGAAAGUUCAUAAUUCACUGACACAUUACAUAUUGGAUCUACAGUACAAUCUCGAUUUCUCGAACUCUAGGAGUUGCGAAACCCAGGAUAAUUCGAACUAAGCCUAACCUUCUUUACCAGCCAUGCCACACAGUGUAAUUUUACCUCCGAUUUUUCAAACCACCCCAUCAUUCGAACCAAUUUUAUUUUCCCAAUGUUGUCCGAUAAAUCGGGAUUUCACUGUAUACCUUACUCGAGGGUGGGUCCUUUAAACUGUUAAAAUAUUUUACCUACAGGUUCAUGUUGGCGGUCCUUCCUACGUUCAUUUGCGUGUUUUCCAGUCUCUACCAGGUGAUGGAUCAACUCUUACAUUAUCUGCUAUAAAGACAGGAAUGACCAAGGACGAUCCCAUCAACUAUUUUGACUAG